AUGACAUCUUCAUUUAACGAAAAGAAGGCCGAAUAUCAAGAGUCUGUCAACGAGGUUGUCAGUGAGCAUGAGAUCGAGUACGGCCAAGAUCAAUUCAUUGACGUCAACAGAGAACAUGCUGGUUCAUCUAAGAUGGCCUACUUUAACAUUGUUUGUGUUGUCGCUGGUACUGGUACCCUCGGUCUUCCUGUUGCCUUGAAGCAAGGCGGCUGGUUGGGCGUCUUCAUUCUCUUCUUGUCUUGGUUCAUGUCCAUUUAUACCGGUAUCAUCUUGGUCCGUUGUCUUUAUGCAAAUGGCAAAGCUCGUUUGACUACCUACAAAGAGGUUGCAACUGCUGCUUAUGGCUGGGUUGGCGGCUGGGUCGCCUUCUUCUUCAAUACCUGGAUUGUUUUGGGUGCUCCCGUCUUGUAUAUGGUUUUAGCUGGUACAAACUUGAAUGCUCUUUGUAAGGGCACUGCUGGUGAAAUUGGUAAUGUUCCAUGGAUCAUUAUCUCUUGUGCUAUUGUUGCCAUUCCAUUUGUUCUCGUCAAAUCAAUGAAGGAAGUCGCUUGGAUGAGUGCUUUCGGUGCUGCCGCUACACUUAUUGUCGUCUUUAUCUGUUUGAUCUGUGCUGCCAUUGACAAGCCUAAUCAAAUUAAUGUCCACCACGAUGCUGUUGUUUGGGACAUGUUCCCCAUUGCCUUGAGUACUAUCAGUUUCUCAUUUGGUGGUAAUGUCGUUUAUCCUCAUGUUGAAGCCUCCAUGAAGACACCUCGCGACUGGCCCAAGGUUGUUGCUGCUGGUCUCAGUACCUGUGCUGGUAUGUACUUGAUCACUGCUAUCUCUGGCUACUUGGUCUAUGGUGAUAGUGUCAAGUCUCCUAUCUACAACUCUAUUCCCGAUGGUGCUGCUAGAAUUGUCGCUAUCGUUGUCAUCACCCUACAUGUCAUCCUCGCUGCUCCUAUCCUUGUCACCUCAUUCGCUUUGGAUGUCGAGGAGAUGAUGAACAUCACUGUUGAUCGUUUCGGCAAGGUCAAGGAGUUCCUCCUCCGUGCUACUGUUCGUCUCCUUACUAUUGCUGUUGUUGGUGUUAUUGCCUGUGUUGUUCCUCAUUUUGGUGAAUUGAUGUCUCUCAUCGGUUCUUUUGCCAACUGUGUUCUCAUCUUUGUAUUCCCUGUUGUAUUCUACCUCAAAUUGACUGGUGUCCGCAACAAGCCUUUCUACGAGCUUGCCUGGUGCUUCCUCGUUGUGCUUCUUGGUCUUGUUGGUCUUAUUUUCGGUACCAUGGAAUCCAUCAAGGAAUUGAUUGCUGUCUUCUAG